AGACGUCCGUUCCAGACCAAGUCGGGGUUCUAUUACUACUAGUACAUACUACGCCAGCUCAGAAGGUUCAAAUCUGCGUAGUAUGCGACGGGGCUGGGUUGCAACAAGCCUUCUAACUGUCCGACCGGACAUCCGCCUUUGAUCGACACAGAUCAUCCAUCACGACUAGUUUUGAACCUUGUGUUUGGUCCCGUCUCGAAGCCGGUGGCGCUGCCAGGAAAGCAGGCCUAGAAAUGCACCGCGUGUAGAGUCCUGUUUUAUUUACCUGUUCGGCGAGGCCGAACCGGAGGUUGUUUUACGUUGGUCCCAUGAUUUUUUAAAAGUAAUUAUUAAGUUGAACUUGCCUCUUGGCCCUCAACCACGACGUCCUUCAAGAUCCUUCAACCAUGAGCGAGCUACACUCACUGGAAACGCUCUCUGAUGCAACCCUCGCCGAGCCAUCUGUUCGGGAGCGCUCAGUAUCGCCUGCCCCGAGCAGCGGCAGCAAGGCUGGCAGAGGAGACGACUACGUGUACUUUGAGCGAAGCUCCGAAGGGUUCUCGUCUGAUGCGGUAUCCCGCGCGACAGCUGCCAAGCUGAAGCUCGAGUCUUACUACAAGCUCGCUGUGGAUGCAGCAAUCGAAAGGAAUUCGCGGCGUGUUGAGUUGGAACAAAAGAUAAAUCAGGGUAUUAUCCCCAAUGAGGCCAAGGACCGGGAGAUACGCAAGUAUCGGAGACUCGAAUCCCAACAUCUGCGUCUCCGGAGAACCAAGAUCCGACUCUCUGAUUUCCGCACCGUGAAAGUAAUUGGAAAAGGCGCAUUUGGAGAAGUGCGACUGGUUCAGAAGAUGGACACGGGUAAAGUUUAUGCCAUGAAGACCCUACAGAAAGCCGAGAUGUUGAAGCGGGACCAGCUUGCGCAUAUACGCGCCGAACGUGAUCUCCUUGCAGAAUCCACGUCGCCUUGGGUGGUUCAAUUGUUCUACUCUUUCCAAGAUCCCCUCUACUUAUAUCUCAUCAUGGAGUUUCUUCCUGGUGGUGACCUUAUGACCAUGCUUAUGAAGUAUGAUGUUUUCUCGGAAGAUGUUACCCGUUUCUACAUGGCGGAGUGCAUACUUGCCAUUCAAGCUGUUCAUGAUCUAGGCUACAUCCAUCGUGACAUUAAACCUGAUAACAUAUUGAUCGACAAGAAUGGCCAUCUAAAGUUGUCUGACUUUGGCCUCUCCACCGGCCUUCACAAGAAAACAGAUGCAGAUUACUACAAACGACUCUUGGAUCAGGACAAGCAGAAGGAUUCUGCACGCAACAGUGUACAAGUCAAUGCCAUCCAUCUGACAAUGAGUCGAGAGCAAAUUGCAACCUGGAAAGCAAACCGCCGAAAACUGGCUUAUUCCACGGUCGGCACACCGGAUUACAUUGCACCAGAAGUGUUCAUGCUGAAAGGAUAUGGAAAGGAAUGUGAUUGGUGGUCAUUAGGUGCAAUAAUGUUCGAGUGCUUGGUCGGUUACGCGCCGUUCUGCUCAGAGAAUCCGAGCGACACAUACAAGAAGAUCAUAGACUGGCCACACUAUCUGUAUUUUCCCGAGGAAGUACAUCUCAGUCAAGAGGCAGAACACCUCAUACGAAGCAUGAUGACAUGGGCCCCGCAGCGACUGGGAGUGAAUGAGAUCAAGAACCAUCCCUUCUUUUAUGGAGCCGACUGGGACAACCUGCGCUAUAUAGCACCACCUUUUGUCCCUGCUCUGUCGUCCGUCACGGAUACUACAUACUUCCCUACGGACGAGUUGAACAACUUACCUGAGCAGUUGGAGGCCGUCGAGCAAGUUGGUUCUGACAAGGACCUCGCGUUUUUGGGGUGAGUCCUCGCGUAAAAGUCAAUUUACAGCCGUCGUUUAUCAAUUUUGCUCACCAGAUUCACGUUCAAACGGUUCACCUGAAGACGGGACAGGAACCCGCUUCGUAGCUAUUGUUUUGAGUUCUUUUUUUUGCAGGACUAG